UAGGACAAAAAUUAAACAAAUGUACCAAAGAAAGAGCCAAAAGAAUGAAUAAUUCAAUAAAUAAAUCAAAAAGUGCAAGUAUGUAAAAUUGUAUACAUCAAGAAUAAUAAAUUACUAAAAAAAGAAUGCAAGAGAAAGUAGGCCUAAAGAAAGAAAGAAAUUUUAACCCGAUGAUUGAAAAGAGCAGAUGCUGAUGACAGCCGGGAUCUUCAGCCUGCCGGCUACAAAACAGAUGCUGCUCAUCCUCCAAAACAUUUCACCACAUAAAAAAAAAAAAACAAGCAGACGCUCCACCGGUUGAUCCUCCUGAUUCAUGUGAGGAACGGGGCGCUGAAAAGCGCCGAUCUGUUUUCCUGCUCCUGGUUUUUACGCAGCCGCGCCGCGAGCCUCUCUCAGCUUGAUGGUUUCCCAUCAUUUCCUCCCUUCCAGGACUCCAGGCAGGCAUCAUCUCGGCCUCAGUAAGAUUCUGUAUCAAAGUCUUACUUCGGCUGUCCGAGGGGAAACACUUGGUUUCGACCAAGUGAUGUUUGUUGUAAGAAAAAGAGGAGCUCUGGUUCUGGAGAUCUGUUUAGAGUGCGGCUGUCUUAACAGUUAUUAUUUGGGAAAUGCACAGUGCAUGUACAAUUUUGGAUUUUUCUUAAGUUAAAAUGUGCAAUCUGAGGAAAAUUUAGCAUUUAUUUUGUGUCACAAACGGGAAAUCAAUGAGCGGAGGGAGGGGCAGCGGGUGAGGGGUUUUUUAUGAGACACACGGGCCAUUAUUGGGAGCGAGAGCGCACCGUGCUGCAGGAGGCAGAGCUGCGGCUGGACGCUGCUCUGCGCCUCACAAGCCGGAGAAGGCAUGGCACGCAUACUCCACCGUGCAGCAGACAUGUUCUCUCGACAUGCGUUACUCUCCGACGAAGCGGACAGUCAGAGCUGCACGCUGCACCUUAACCGGGGGUCUACCGGUGCGCGCUUGUCUCGUCAGAUUUGGUGAACCUGCAUCGGAGCCGUGCGUUAUUGGUGGACUCCCGUGUUGCUAGAGGAGCUGGACGGUGAAUUCGUCCCGACAUUCGCCGAGCAUGGAGUCGCAGAACGCCAGCGGGAUGGACGCGUUCACGGUGGUCCAGCUGAAUUCCUCCUGGAGCCCGGACAGCGGCUACUCUCUGGCCGCGAUAGCCGGCAUCGCCGCCCUCGUAAGUUUUCUGAUUCUUUUCACAGUAGUUGGGAACAUUCUGGUGGUCAUCGCCGUGUUAACGAGCAGGGCUCUGAAAGCUCCCCAGAACCUGUUCCUGGUGUCCCUGGCCACCGCGGACAUCCUGGUCGCCACUCUGGUGAUGCCCUUCUCUCUGGCCAAUGAACUCAUGGGUUACUGGUAUUUCGGGAAAGUCUGGUGCGGCAUCUAUCUGGCUCUGGACGUGCUGUUCUGCACCUCCUCCAUCGUGCACCUGUGCGCCAUCAGCCUGGACCGGUACUGGUCCGUUACGCAGGCUGUUGAGUACAACCUGAAGCGGACUCCGAAGCGCAUCAAGUGCAUCAUCCUGAUCGUGUGGCUGAUCUCUGCCUUCAUCUCCUCCCCUCCGCUCAUGUCUGUCGACAGCAACAAGGAGGUCGGCUCUCAGCCUCAGUGUGAGCUGAACGAUGACACUUGGUACAUCCUCUCCUCCAGCACUGCCUCUUUCUUUGCGCCCUGCUUGAUAAUGAUCCUGGUGUACAUCAGAAUAUACCAGGUGGCCAAAACCAGAACCAGGAGUGUGUCGGGGAAGAACCCCAGGCCGGAUGGUGUCACACAAACUGAGAAUGGACUGAGCAAGCCGUCUUCGCCUUUCCAUGGAGAGAGGGAGAACGGUCACUGCCAGUGCCCUCCAACACCCAGUCAACGCACUGUCACCAUGGGUCCACAGACCGAGGAGGCCGACCUGGAGGAGAGCUCCUCCUCUGAAGGCAAAGAUCACAAACCCCAGCAGCGAGACUCUCAGAGAGCCGCUGCAAGUGGCCAGAAGAAAAGCUCUCUCCCAAUUCGCAUCUCCGGGGUUAGCAACAAAUCCGUGGACCUCUUCGUCUCCAGGAGGAAGUGUCGCCGGAGCUCGUUCGCCAGAAAAAAGGUCUCCCAGGCGCGAGAGAAGAGGUUUACGUUUGUCCUGGCUGUGGUCAUGGGGGUGUUUGUGGUGUGCUGGUUCCCCUUUUUCUUCAGCUACAGCCUGUACGGGAUUUGUGGAGACUCGUGUAAGAUCCCCCUCCCGCUUUUCAAGUUCUUCUUCUGGAUCGGUUACUGCAACAGCUCCCUGAACCCAGCCAUUUACACCAUCUUCAACCGGGACUUCCGGCGGGCCUUUCAGAAAAUCCUCUGCAAGUCGUGGAAGAAGUCCUUCUAGGCCUGAAAGGAGAAUCUGGUGGAUUGUGUUUUGCUCUUUGUUAAAUCUCAUUGUCCAGUAUUGUGCUUACCCUAAACCAGCUGCAGGAGCAACAUGCUGUAUAUUUUCAUUACUAUGCCUCUUACAUCCUGAUCUGAUUAUUGAGUGGCGCCGUCCUUUAUGUCCGAGCUGUAAUGCUGUAAAGGGGGAUUUUCCAUACAGAAAAAAAUUCUCUAAAUCCACAAAAGAUAACAUUAUGUGGCAGCUGAAAGGUAAAAUAAGUAGAUGCAAGCCACACAUUUUCAGUUUGUGCUUUUGUUUUGGAGUUUUGCCUAUUGUUAUUAAAUCAUUCCAACAGUUUUAUUCAAAGCUUUUAUUAAGGAGUGCAAAAUGCAUGAAGGAAGCACAAAGUGAGUUUCCUCAUUAAGAUAUAGUGACACUUUAAAGAACAGCUUGACAUUUUGGGAAAUGUAGUUUAUAACUCAGUGUCUGAUAAAUGAAGUAUAACCAGUGGUCAAGCAUGUUGCAAGAAAAAUAAAAAUCAACAGGUUGUUUUGUUUUAGCUUUCAUGUUUGGAAAUGGUCCUCAGACUUAACCAGAUUCCCAUAUUUUGUACAAUUUGGUCAAUCUGAGGAAAGUGUUAAAAAAAAAAUCUACAUUUUUCAUUACAGAGGUGAUGGAUUUUGUUGUGAAGUAACAAGUGGGGUCAAUCCAUAAUCCAUAAAGCUCACAUUUUGAUGGGAGGUUCUGCAUAGAUGUUAUUAGACAAUAUCUUACCUGCAUUAAACAAUUCUCCUUCAAUCUUCAGUUAUUUUAAACCUAAAUAAUCAGGUUGAAGCAGCAGAGAGUUUUCAAACGACCAUAAUCUCAAAAAUGUCACAACAGCCAUUGAGUGCUACAGCGCAGUUAUUUACAACGGAGCAAAUAAUUAAUCACAUGUAAAAGGAGAUAUAAAAGUAGAGAUAUGUAGAUAUUUCUAAUUUUUACACUGCUGCACUUUAAAGUCACACAGUUGCACUUUAUUCUUUUCACAGUGUAUUUUGUACAAGAAGGUCUUUGGCGGCGCCGACCUCUGUUUCUUAUAUGUAGAAAUUUGCCGUUGUGAGCAUAAAUAAAAUCCAAUGAAAGAAUUAUGGCUCAAAGGUCAAUAAAAUGUAACUUGUGAGAAUUUAUUUGACGUUUUCGAGAUUGAUGUUAAUUAAAGGUGGCAAAACUUUGGUCUUGAACAGCCGUCUUUAACUCCAGGCCUCAUUUUAUCCAGGUGUGUGGGAGCAGAGUCAUGUCUUAAAGUUGCAGGACUUUGGCUUUAACUUUAGCUUCACUCUAGCUUCCAGGACUAAUUAUUCUGUAUUUAUGCCAAAUGAAGACAACAGGAGAGAUGUCUACUUGAAGGUAGUCAAUAGAUAACUUUUCAGCAGAACCUGUUUUCAAAAUCCUUCACACUUCAGUUUUAAUUCUGAGACUGAAUUCAUGUUUACUUGGUCCUGAUUGGCAGUUCUGAAUAUGUCAACUUCUAUACAUGGCUUCAGCUCUUUCUUGUUGACUCUUUCUUCAAAAUGAAACUCUAUUGUCAUUUUGGAAGUGCAACCAAACCUUGGCUGUUCCUCUUCAUUCAAAUAAUUCAGAUUAAAUCAUGAAACCUAAGUUUGCACACUGAAAACUGCAGGGCCAUUUCGACGCCACACUGGUCUGGCAUUUUAACCCCCAAAAAUUGGAAAAUGGGACUAAUGUGUAAGAUUUUUUUCUUUUAUGUGGAUAGAAACCAUAACCUUAAAUUUCUUUUGCCAUCCAGUUUCCUCCCUUUGGCUUGCUGGUGCUAACUGUUGAAUUUUUCAUGAUUCCUGCUGUAAACAUACUUUAAAACUGUAAUUGUCAGGCUGGGGGGCCUUGAGUGUUGUCACUGCGAUACACAACCCUGACUGAUAAUGACAUGAACGUAAUACGUUAGUCUCUGACACUGAAAUCUGCUCUAUGUUUAGCUUAGAGAGGCACUGACAUCGUGUUAUAUGAGAAAAUGUUUUUAUGAUGCGCAACCAAGGUCAUCACUUUCACAAUGACCCUAAACUGCUAAAAAAACAUACAUUUACUUUGAAAGUAUUUUAUUUAAGAAAAAAAACCUACCUCUGUUAUUUUCUGCUGCUUCUGGAUUUGACAAAGUGCAGUACAUAUCCUUAUUCUGCUUCAUCUGUUUGCUGUUGUGCAAAAAUAAAAGAUAGAAAACCCAUAA